ACUUGGCAACCAUUUCGAAAACAGAACUGUCGUCGCAUCGUCGCACCCGUGGCAGUGCGAGUUCGUCGUUUUCUCAACCCGCUACAAGCAUUAACUUUUAAGCAAUGGCAGUUAUGUCAGAAAGAGUGCAUUUGGUGCCUUCUGAUGAGGAUGAUCUGUAUUCGGGUUACAAUGAGUUUAAUCCAUCUCUUGACACAAACAUGUUGAUGCAAGAUGAGGGAUUUCAGCAAGCUGUCCGAACCAGCUAUGGUCGAAGACCCCCAACAUCCUCAAGAUUCCAAGCUGGAAUGCCCAGUACAAGCACAGGUUUCAGGGGACAGACAGCAGUGAUGCCUCCCUCACGUCUGCACACAAGCGUUGGCCAGCCCAGUACAGCUCGACCAAUGACAGCUGUCCGUGGUGCCGGAUACAGUUCCGCCGGUGUGCAAGGUCAACUAGCGAACACAUUCGAUCCUCUAAACCAAGCAAAGGCAUCUACGCUGACCUUUCAAACGAAAGAAAAUGCCAGUCCCGAAGAACGCCUAAAGCAACUUGAGACCUCCAUCAUGGAAUUGGUGGAACAAAGCUGCUUUUCAGCCUCCAAGAAGGAGUUCAAGCUGGCUCUUGAUCAAGCAAAGGACGGCGUAAUGAAAGAGAAACAUCUGUCUCGACAACGGGAGCAGCUCUCGGCGGAGAUAGCUCCUAACCUGGAUCUCACCUAUUGCGUGCUGUUCAACCUGGCUGUGCAGUAUGCGAACAACGAAAUGUUUGCCGAAGCAUUGAAUACCUAUCAAAUUAUUGUCAAGAACAAAGCAUUCUCUAAUGUUGGACGUCUCAAGCUGAACAUGGGCAACAUUUGCUUUUUCCAGCGCAAUUACACAAAGGCCAUCAAAUUCUACCGAAUGGCUCUCGACCAAGUUCCGAAUACCCAUAAAGACAUGAGGAUCAAGAUCAUGAAGAACAUUGGGCUGGCGUUCGUGAAGAUGGGCCAACUGGCAGAUGCCAUCACGUCUCUGGAGUACAUCAUGGCAGAGCGGGCGGACUUCCGGUCUGCCCUGCACCUCAUCGUGUGCCACUACACCAUAGGGGACCGGGACAAAAUGAAGAGGAGCUUUCUCAAGUUGCUCGACGUUGUGCUCGAGCACGUCGAUGACGAGAAGGGAGAGCCCUCUUCGGAUGACCCAAUAGAAAACCUCUACUAUGAAGAAAUAAAAAAUGACUCCCUUCAGCAAAUCGAAAGGGAGCGGAGACACGAAGCUGAAUGGUGCAUCUUGACAGCAGCCAAGCUGAUUGCCCCAGUCAUCAGCACCUCAUUUUCGGAAGGUUACGAAUGGUGCGUAGAGCAAAUCAAGGCGUCGGCCUACUCUGACAUUGCAAACGAUCUCGAAAUCAGCAAAGCAGUCGCAUACCUCAGGAAAAGGGAAUUUAAUCAGGCAAUUGAAACUCUCAAGGCAUUUGAAAAAAAAGACACAAAAGUUGCCAGCACCGCAGCAACCAAUUUGUCUUUCCUUUAUUUUCUGCAAAAUGACCAAGCUCUUGCAGACAAGUAUGCUGAUCAGGCAGUUGCUGCCGACAGAUACAAUGCUGGAGCUCUUGUGAACAAAGGUAACUGCUGCUUUGCAAGUAACGACAUGGAGAGGGCAAUCGACUACUACAGGGAGGCGUUGGCCACUGAAGCCAGCUGUGUUGAGGCCCUGUAUAACCAAGGUUUAGCAUACCAGAAGCUUGGAACUCUGGAAGAGGCCCUUGACUGCUUCUACAAGUUGCAAGCCAUCAUCAAGCCCUUCCCUCAAGUGACCUACCAAAUAGGCUACACCUACGAGCUCAUGAAGGACAUGGACCAAGCGUUAGAAUGGUACCAGCAGCUAGUGACGCUCGUGCCAACCGACCCCCACCUCCUGGCUAAAAUUGGAGAGCUGUAUGAUGCACAGGGAGACAAGCAACUUGCAUUCCAGUACCAUUCAGAUUCUUACAGGUACUUCCCAUCCAAUAUUGAGAUCAUCGAGUGGCUGGGAGCCUACUACAUUGAGUCGCAGCUCUUUGAGAAGGCCAUCAAGUACUUUGAGAAGGCUGCCAUUAUCCAGCCAGCACAGGUGAAGUGGCAGCUUAUGGUGGCCAGCUGCCACCGCAAGAGCGGCAACUACCAGAACGCCCUGCAGACGUACAAGGCUGUCCAUCGCAAGUUUCCCGACAAUAUUGAAUGCCUCCGGUUCCUUGUGCGGCUCACCACCGACCUGGGCAUGAACGAGGCAUCCGAAUAUGCGGCCAAGCUCAAGAAGGCCGAGAAGGCCAAGGAGCUCAAAGAGCAUAGGUCGAGCAGUGGAAGCAGGAGCGGGAGUCGCCGGAGCAGCAGUCGGCUCUCGAGAGACAGCUCUGCCAGCAGCAAUGCGAGUGUGCCUUCAGAACAGGCGGCAUCGAAAAGCCCUCAGUCUGCAAGCAGAGGACGUCGCCACAUGCCCCUGGUCGAAGCAGAGGAGACUUACCAGGCCACGCCCAAGGAGAUAGAUGCAUCAUACGAGGAUCCCUUGGGACCCCUGGAACAGAGACCACGCACAGCAGCACGGAGACGGGACGAAGUCGUAGACGACGAAUUCGACAACGAAGAGCUCGGAGACGACAUGCUUCCCGAGUAGUUGGAUUCCACACCAAGGUUGCAAGAAACACUGCAAACAAGAGAACUGAGAAUGUGUGCUCAGACCAGAGAGCUUUCUCUGGUUCAAUCAUUUUGACAGACUAUCCAGUCUAUUGAGGAUAAUGUUGCCAUUCACAGCCCUAUGAUGACUGGGAGGCCUUCGACUUGCCCCAGCAUCAGCCUGGCACUUCUAGUGUCUCGGCCACACGUGCAAAUUUGAAGCUCACACCUUGCUUGAACACUGUUGAAGGUAAAAAACUCGCACUGGAGACAAGACAACUGAAAGUCUUCCCUCUCUGUCUAAAGCUGUUGAUUACACUAAACAAGAGGUGUGCGAGCCCCCUUAUGUUAUGUGGAUAUUAUCAGAUGGUAACUUUCUCCUACCUUUUUGUCUUUCCCUGAAUCAUAUACACUUAAUAAAUCACACGUGGAAGCUGGCUAGCACCAUACGUGGAGUUGUCAAGAUGUCAUACUUUAGGAAACGGGUCAGCCCAGACCCUAUACACCUACAGAAACAUAGAGUUCCUGUACAGACCUUUUCACCCUCCGUCGCCUGGGCACUGCCAUCUUGGAAUAACAUGACGCGGUCGCCAUAAGGUGGCCCUGGCGAAGGCGUUGCAUUUGUGUUUUUCGUUGCGUGUUACUGCGCUUUUUUGCCUUGCUUUGUGAAGUGUCAUCUGAUACUUAUUUUUACUACCUAACUGCAAGCCACCAUUAUGUGCGCAACUUCUACGUUUGAUUUUACAGCACGUAUUGACAAUUUGCACCGUCAGCAUACCGGAUAUGUGUGAGGAAAGGAAUCAGCGUUAGCACAGGUGCACAUUGAGUAUGUAGACGACUCUAAGGUACACAAGGUUUGAGAGGCCAAUUAUUUAUGACAGUGCAAAUUUGAUUAAGUGAUGGUGGCUAAGUGAUAUCGGUGCAAUAAGAAGUUUGGGGCAUAUUUAUGAUCAUGCAUUUAUGAUCUUAAAGAAGACAAAUAUAGUCAAUGCAAAAAGUCUUUGUGUGUUUCUUGAAAGCAUUGUGCUCUGCCUUCAUAACAAAUAUAAAACAGUUGCUUUUGAUUAUAUGGGGGAGUUAUUUUUGCGGUAUAAACAGUCGCUUGAUCCGUUUAUUUAUGAAUUUAAAGAACCUAUACACUGUGUUAGGUCUCAUGUCUGCAGUCAUUCAAUUUUCUAAAGAUAUCCAAUUGAAUUAAUUUAUUUAGACAGAAAGGGUUGGACUCCCCGGGUGAAAACCGUGUCAAAGACAGCUUGUGAGUGUCUGACAAAAGUGCCUGAGGCACGCAAUAUCUGACGCCGAAAAGAAGCCGUCUGCAUGGAAAUCUCUGUAGUGCAGCAUUGUCAAUGCCAAGUUACUCUCGACACCGCUGGAAGUAAGAAGCGUAUCUGUUAAAACAAAUAAAAAUCUGUCUACACAAAUUCAUGAAGUGGUGCCGGGUAUUUGACUCGAGCCAAGCUUGCUGGAGGUCAAUUCUCUUGAGCAGUCUAAUUUUAUUCCGCAAUUUAUAUGCGGAAGACGGAAGUUAGUUUUCAAUUGACGGGUUUGUCCCUUAUCUCAUAUUCUCAAUACGUAUAACAAAUAGUUUCCUAAGGUCGACAUUGUGAAAUGCUGCUAAUGAAUACUUUAGCAGGGCUGAUAGUUGAAAAAAUGCUCCACUCGGCCUAGGAAGCAUUAUUGAGACAUCACUCGAGUACUUCCUUUCAUUAAUGAAACUGUUGAAAAUAAUAUUGCUUCAUUUUUGCAGUCCAUGCGUCAUUACAGGGCAGUUUCCCAGUCAGAAAUUAUCACAAAAUGGUGGUGUCCUCGAAAACCAAACAGUGAACACUAAACUUGCGAGUUUAUCUGUUCUUUUUAAUUCAGCACAUUGUUGGUCAGGCUGUCGACCUGCUUUUUCACUGCCUUCAUGCAUUAGUCUCAUUAGUUUACUUUUGUGGAAACUAGUAUCAGCGGGUACGUCCAGUACGGCUUGGCUCCUAGACAUUGCUAACCACUCCCGGCAUCAUCUCGGUCAUUUCGCCGCUGAUCCUGGCUGAACGAGGAACAUGAUCAGAUGAAGAUGUUAUUACGUCCGCAAUUUAGGCUCGUAACUACGUCGUAGUUUUCAAGGUGGCUUAAUGACCACUGUAUCAUUGGUCCUGUACCACAAGAGAUACAUUUAUGUAACAAAACUAAGUGACAUGGCGCAACAACACAGCCGCGAGUCCGCUGAAACCGAAACCAACCAAAUUGAAGCCACCUUAUCACCGUAUUGCAAGCAUAACGUCUAUAAAUCUCUUUUAAACCUACCUAA